AUCACAAGGAUGAGCCGAAAGAAUGUGUUGUUCGAUUGAGAGAGCGUUCUACAGCGGGAGAAACAAGGCCGCAUAGGACAGCGGAUGUGUUGUGUACAUGUAGGCUAUUUGUGCAAUAGUAACGCAAUAAUGUGCAACACUUAUUGUGCGAUAUUUGUCCAUAUUCCUGCAGAUCGUUGCUCCAUUUUGGACCGGAUAGCACGUUUGUUUUAAUGACAUCGAUCUACCUAAUUCUUUGAUUAGAAAAAUAAUAGUGAGGUCAGCAUAGAAUGACUCAACGCUAGAGAUGCAUGCAGUCAUAUCUCCGUUCGAUUGCACACUGUGGGGCGCGUGGACCCGGGGACAGUUGCUGCACUGGUGGUCACCGCAGAAACAUGGCAAGCACAGGUGUCUCCCAUGAAUGAACGAGGCCAGUGGACAUCCAGACAUCUCUAUCAGCACCGGCAACCUCUCAAUACAGCAGGAAGAGGAGUUCAAGGGGAGAAGGAGAAGAUUGGGUUUUGUCUACGUCCAAUCCAACUCCUCGGUUUUUGGUUGCAUAUGUGGUUUGGUGAUUUCCGUUCAAAUAUGCAACCCCCUCUCCUAGGGUGUGUGCUGUGAACUUUCUAUUCCCUUUAUCAUCAGAUAAGGCCAGUGGAAGAGGGCCACAUUGGGACAUACGUUGAUUGGUGGUCUGUGUGGUUGGGGGACUGUUAUGCACCUAGUACCCCAUAGUCCCCCCACCUCGCCCCGUUAUUCAUGCCAGCCAUGAGUUUACCCAACAGUAAGAGAACAGGCAAGCGCAUCUCUUUUUUUAACGACCAAGGAGUGGCGAUGAAGGAGACGUCUUCUCAGCAGAAUCCAGAAGGUUCUUGCUACGGCCUUGGUGCCCCAGCCUCAGAUCCUGGUCCUGGCCAGAGUAAGGCUGCAGGCACCGUCACCUCCACAACCUCCAACCCAGAGGCUCCACAUACUGGUAUGUACCUCAACUCAGUGAUCUUCAGUCCAGAGAAAGGAGACCAGAGUCGGGGACAUUACCAACAGACUGUACCCAUGAAGUGGGCACACCAGGACCCAGAAGCUCAACCACAGCCUCAACAGAGAACUGGGACUGAGACUGCCAACUGGACACAGGGUGUCACUAUGGCUAACUGGGGUCAGAACUUUGCUCCGUACCUAGGGGGCGUCAACGUCAGUGACUCACGGUCCCAGACCCAGACUGCCUUUUCCAAGCAGCAGAUCCGUGAGGGGCCUCCACCCCUGCAGCCACAGCAGCCACAGUCUCCUAGUAGGGCUGCAGAGAAGCAGCCUCCCCAGCCGCAGCAGGUGGUUAACCCCCUGCCUGCUGGAGGAGAGGCCUACAGAGACGUUAGAGACGUGGCCAAGCCUCCCAGCCUAGAGUGGGAGCAGCAGCAUCAGGCUUCCCAACAGCAACAGCAGUCCCAGACUCAGGCAUUCCCACAGACCCUUAAGCCAGGGGCUCUAAAUGCCCAGCAGCACAGCACAUCCAACCCUGGGAGCAGCUCCGUGCUUCAGCCCUUCCAGCUAGCCUUCGGCCAGCCUAAGCAACACCUAACGGCUGGCUACUACCAGGUGUUUCAGGGGGGCAAUAGGACUUUACCUAAUCUGAACUACAAUGCCCAACAGCCCAAACCCCAACCACAUCCACAGACCCAACAGCAUCCACAGCUCCAGCAGAAGCUGCAACAGACCCAACAGCAUCCACAGCUCCAGCAGCAGCUGCAACAGACCCAACAGCAUCCACAGCUCCAGCAGCAGCUACAACAGACCCAACAGCAUCCACAGCUCCAGCAGCAGCUGCAACAGACCCAACAGCAUCCACAGCUCCAGCAGCAGCUACAACAGACCCAACAGCAUCCACAGCUCCAGCAGCAGCUACAACAGACCCAACAGCAUCCACAGCUCCAGCAGCAGCUGCAACGACAACAGCAACAGAAACAAAUAUUACAGCAUCAACAACAAAUGCAACAACAACAUCAUAAGAUGCAACAGCAGCAAAUGCUUCAGCAUCAACAGCAACUACAACAGCAACAACAACUACACAUACAACAAGAGCAACAGUUAGAACAGCAACAACAAAUACAACAUCAACAGCAAAUACAGCAACAAUUACAGCAGCAGCAACAACAAAUACAACAACAGCAAUUGCAGCAGCAACAACCCGAACAUGUUCUAGAAUACUACCCCAGCAGCCAGAACCCACCUACCCACCAACACCCUCACUCCCAGCCACCCGUGUUAGUGCCCUCCCAAGAGCCCUUUGCUAAGACAGCAUCCUCCCCAGACCUCCAGGAGAUGUCCCCAGACCCUCCAAACAUCCCCCCCCAAACAGACUCCCAGCUCCCCCCCACAGAGACCCAGCUCCAACCUCCCCAUAUCCAGCUGCAGCCUCGAAGGUCCAGGAGACUCUCCAAGGAAGGUGGACCACCACCAGUUGACAACCCCUUCCUCAUACCAUCUGAUGGGGCCCAGAAUGGGGCCUCUGAGGAGCCAGGUGGAGCACCGAAGGCGGAUGAAGUCCACGUUGCCCAGAUGGCCCCUACAGGGGUCAUCCAGAGCACACGCAGGAAACGGAGGGUCUCCCAGGAGGUUAACCUGGAGACGCUGGCCCAGAAAGCCUCAGAGAUGGAGUCCCUACCGCCACACAUCGUCAAGGCACAGCACCACAGGCCCUGGAGCCCCCAGAGACCAGCGCCAGGGCGAGGGACCAUGGACAAGGAUUCAGGGGGCCACAGUGCCAAGCGGCCCCGUGAUGAGAGCAUGAUGCCCCUGGUCAUUCCUGUGUCAGUCCCCGUACGAAGGCCAGACCCGUCCUCGUCCUCCCCAGACGGGGAGCACUCUACCCCGGGGACAGGCUGGCCACAGAGACCCUUCACCCUCCAGGACGUGACCAGUAUGGAUGGCAAACCUUCUGUCAUUGUCACCCGCAGGCGAUCUCUCAGGAACUCUCUGUCAGAGAGCUCAGGACAGAACGGUGGAAUGGAGGGAGGGAACGACAACGACGGCAAGAAGCCCAAACGCCGUCCCCGGCCCGAACCCCUCUUCAUCCCGCCUCCCAAGCCUGGCACCUUCAUCGCCCCUCCUGUCUACUCCUGCACCACUCCCUACCAGAGCCACCUCCGCUCCCCUGUCCGGCUAAUAGACAACCCCCUGACCAUGCCGCCCUAUACCCCCCCGCCCAUCCUCAGCCCGGUGAGAGAGGGAUCAGGUCUCUACUUUUCUACCUUCCUCUCCUCUGCUGCAUCCAGCCAGGGUCUGCCUCCAGCCAGGGUCUGCCUCCAGCCAGGGUCUGCCUCCACCCAGGGUCUGCCUCCACCCAUCACGCCCAAAUCAGCCACACGCAGCCUGCUGCGAUCCAACAGCGUUGACAUAACCCCACCUCUGCUCUCAACGAUCGGUGAGGCCACUCCAGUCAGCAUAGAACCGCGUAUAAACAUCGGUGUGAGGUACCAGGCAGAGGUACCAGAGCUGAGGCAGCGUUCAGCGGCCCAACAAGACCAUCCCAAGGCUGAGCUGGUCUGGGCUCCUCUCCACGACCUGGAGGCUAAACCUGAAGACCAGGAGAGAGUGGAUGACCUCAUGAACCUGGCGUGCUCAAGCGCUCUGCAUGGCGGAGGGACCAAUCAGGAGCUGGCUCUGCACUGCCUGUACGAGUGCAAGGGUGACAUCAUGGAAGCGUUGGCCCUCCUGCUAUUGAAAAAACCCAUCUUCCCAAAGAACCAUCGUCUAGGAUACUACCACUACUCCGGGUCAGACAGCUGGACCCCAGUAGAGAGAAGUUGCUUUAACAAAGGGAUCGCUGCCUAUAAGAAAGACUUCUUCAUGGUCCAGAAACUGGUAAGCACUAAGACGGUGGCUCAGUGUGUGGAGUUCUACUACAGCUAUAAGAGGCAGGUGAAGACGGGUCGGAACGGAGCUCUGAUCUACGGAGACAUGGACCCACCUGAGAGCAGGAACACUGAGGAGGAACUGGACCACAAGAGCUCUCAGAGCUGUCAGAGAUUAGAAUCUCGGAAGGAAGAGGAAGACAACAGGAAUUGGGAGGGGUCAGUUGACAGGAAGCACCGGGGCUCCAGUCCAAGCAGGGUGACACAGACGUUACAGGCCACAGAGAACGCUGGAGCGGUCCUGGUGCUGAAGACACAGGAGGAUGUGAGGAGAGACCAGAUGUCUUCCCGGGUCAGUCAACCCCCUCAGCCCUCUCCCAGCGCCCCCUCAAAACCACGGCCGCCUCCCAAGACCGGGACCAUAUCAGGGACCAAGGGCCCCGCCGGACCAGAGGGAGAGUUCCCUUGCAAGAAGUGUGGCAGGAUCUUCUACAAGGUGAAGAGCCGCAGUGCCCACAUGAAGAGUCAUGCGGAGCAGGAGAAGAAGGCCGCAGCGCUGAGGCAGAAGGAGGCGGAGGAGAGGGCAGCGGCCCAGGCGGCAGCAGAGGCUGUAGCGUUACUGGCCGCCCGGCAGGACGGGGAACGGGAGGGGAACACAGCCGGAGGAGACAGCACAAACGAUGACUCGUCUGAGGAAGAUGAUGAUGAAGAGGAAGAUGAGGACUGGCACUAAGACCAUAGAGAUAGAAAACGAGCCCACCCCACCUGUCUUUGCCAUUAUGGCAAGUGUAUGCUCAAUCUAUCUGGCUUAGACAGACAGACAGCCCUCUCCACGGUCAGGGUGAGCGCUAACAAACAGAACAGAGCAGAACUCUGAGGCCUCAGAACCCUAGCGCCCUCGAGUGUUCAGCUACGGCUCCUAACACUCAAGGGACAUUUUACCCCCUCUUGUUACGCCCCCCUUUUACGCCCUGUUGUUACGCCCUCUAGUAACGCCCUCUUGUUACGCCCUCUUGUUAGGUCCUCUUGUUACGCCCCCCUUUUACGCCCUCUUGUUACGCCCUCUAGUAACGCCCUCUUGUUACGCCCUCUUGUUAGGCCUGCUUUAGCAGCGUUUCUCUCUGGGAAAAAACUGUCUUUAUAAACAAACUGCUUUUUUAUUGUUUCAUGGAACAGGAUCUCCUAUCUUGACACUUUCAGGGACAAGUUCUCUCACGUGUUUUCUCCCUCGUCCCUUUAACCUGCUUGUGAAGUGUUCAGGGGUUAACUCUCUCUCAGGCACACAGUACGGUAGGAAAGAAAGCCAUGCCAUCUCUCUCUCUAACACCAAUACUUUUCUUUCUCCUGUCUGCCAUCCACCCCUGGCUUCUUCCUCUUCCUGUCAGCACUUUCAGCCAAUCACAACACAGCACACAGACUCAUCAGGUGGGAACUAUAUAGACACGCCCUCAGCCCAGCCUUUAAAAACUAGAAUAGUUUGUGAUGCCUUGCAAUGCAAGACUACAUGAACCACAAUGCAACCUGGCUUGGCCACUGCUUUCUACUCUCUGAUCCUCAGUUUGAUAUGUUAUUAUGAAUAGAAGGACACCAUCUGAGUGAUUGGGACCAUGCAAUAUUGAAGUUGAAAGGACUUCCAGGUCAUGAAGAGCCAAGAUAGACUGAUGUGGUGGUAACACCAAAGAUGGUGGAUAAAUGAAGAUUCCCCACUCAGGCAGUUUACCAUUGAAAAAAUGGUCAGUUCCAGUCUGCUUAAUGGGGUGGCUCUCCCAUAGGCACCACUGCAUUAGUAGCUGGGUCUGAUCCGCUUCGUUCAGUGACUACAUGAACCAGAAAAAGUGGGAUGUCUCACUUCUUCCGUCUCUCGUAACACUGCCUGUGUGGAGGCUUACCUCUAUGUGAAGGAAGGAACCGUUUAGAGAACAGAACACACAUUGUUGUGCGAGUUUCUAUAUUUUUCCUGUUUGGGACUUUUUCACUCACUCAAGGCUGUCAAAAGCUUGCACAGAUGCGUCGGUCCUCAGUUCACCGAACUGGUUUCAUCUUAGUUUCAAGUGCUGUUCUCAGUUGGAUCCCUACCCUGAUCACUUGUUUUAUAGUCAUCAUGUGGUGUUUCUCCUCACUGGCGAGGCCUUGGAUGUUUUUAACACUUUAUCUUUGGAUGAACGACAAUCAAUUUUACAAAUGUUCUUUUUAUAUCCAACGAAUUACUGUUGCUUUUUUGCUUAUUAUAUCAACUUGUUAAUGUUGUUUUUUGUUAAUAAUAUUGUUAUUAAUAAUGUCACAAUUGUCUCUUGUUUUAUUGUGAUUUUGGAUUGUUUUUGCGGCAGGAUGCUUUGGAGAUCUCUUUCUCAUUUGACUGUAGUGUAGGGUUAUUUAAGACAUUGCUUUCGCUGUCUGUUUUGAACUGUGAGGUUUUAGAAUUACAUCUAAAGACAGUCUGAGUAGAGAAGAGAUGUGAAACAGAAUUGUAAACGUGCAGUAGAUAGAAGAACCACGUGAUCCCUGAUGACAACACCCCCUCUUAUUCCUUGUAUCCAGAUGUCACCCAAAUUUAAAACGGUUUAGGUAAGGUAAGGGUAGGGGUUAUGGUCAGGGUUAGGGUUUAGGGUAUGGACAUCCCAAGGAUUCUGGGAUAGCACUAACCACAUCAUUACGGCACGAGGAAAGAGUGAGGAAAACAUGAUGAGGAUGUUAACUGUUGAAUGAUGUUGACUGUUGAAUGAUGUUGACUGUUGAAUGAUGUUGACUGUUGAAUGAUGUUUACUUGAAUGGGUAUGUCCAUUCUAUUUCUAUAGUCUAUUCUAUAGAAAAGGAUGUCUCUGUCUGUCUGACUAUCUUAUUGUCGACAUAUCUCGUUCUGCCAAGCUCCAUAUCUCUAUCUCUAUUGCCUCCUCCAAGCCAGACCAGACUCUAUCUGUCGCCAAGGCAACAAAGGAGCAGGCUGAAGAUUCUUCUCUUUAAGCAGUCAGCCACAGUGGGGAGCAGGGAGGAACAGCUCCAAUUACCGGACCCAGUUAAACCUACCUGGGUACUAUGCACUGUGUGUGUGUGUCAGAGGAGGCUGGCGGGAAGGGCUACAGGAGGACGGGCUCAUUGUAAUGGAACACAUGGAACCGUAUCAAACAUUUACAUUUGAGUCAUUUAGCAGACACUUUUAUCCAGAGCGACUUUCAGGAGCUAUUAGGGUUAAGUGCCUUGCUCAAGGUCACAUCGACAUAUUUUUUGCCUAGUCAGCUCAGGAAUUCCAACCAACAACCUUUUGGUUACCGACCCAAUGCUCUUAUCUCCUAGACUACCUGCCACCACCAGAAACAACGUGUUUGACUCCAUUCCACUGAUUCCAUUCCAGACAUUACAAACAGCCCAUACUCCUAUAGCUCCUCCCACCAGCCUCUUCUGGUGUGUGUGAUGUGU